AUGGGCGACUACGAAGGUGCAAUGGCAAAGUACAUGGAAGCUCUUACCAUACAAGAGUCCACCUUGGGCAAGAAUCAUCCUGCAUUGGCACUGUCCUACAACAAUACUGGAAUGGUUCUCUACCAGAUGGGUGACUAUGAGGAAGCUUUGUCAAGGCAUAGGCAAGCACUUGGCAUAAGAUUGUCAGCAUUGGGCAAAGAUCAUCCAGAUGUGGCGAUGUCACUCAACAACAUUGGUCUUGUGUUGAGGAAGCAGGGUGACUAUAAAGGUGCUGUGUCAAAGUACAUUGAAGCCCUUGACAUUAGAUUGUCAGUAUUGGGCAAGGAUCAUCCAUCAGUGGCAAGUACCUGCAGCAAUGUUGGUCUUGUGAUGUGCAAGAUGGGUGACUAUGAAGGUGCUUUGUCGAUAUUCAAGGAGUGCCUGGUGAUUGAAGAGUCUGUAUUGGGUACCAAGCAUCCCUCAGUAGCAACCACCUACCACAAUCUGGGCACUGUGCUUAAUAAGACGGGAGACCAUGAAGGUGCAUUGCUGAAAUUUGAGGAGUGCCUUGCAAUUUUGGAACCUGCAUUAGGGUUGGAACAUCCCAAGACACAGAUUUGUCUAGGUUGGAUUGAAGACGUCAAGGCAGCUUUGACUCGACUCGGGGAGCGAUAG